ACAGUAGAGAUAUCUGCGAAGAUUUCCGGUUUGUUUUGUCUUGACUUGAUUAAGCUGAUAAUCAUACUGUUCUUUACAUUGCAAUCGCCGUUGAUUACCAAUCGAUGUGAAUUUGUCAUGUUUUUCAGAUCUGUCUCUGGACCACGGCAAAGAUGACUUCAACAAGUAUGUUGAAGAGACUAAGUGAAGAUGCACUCACUAAGGAGCCUGAAGAGGUGUUUGAUCUCCUAGAGAAAUUGGGAGAAGGUUCCUAUGGAAGUGUAUACAAGGCAAUGCACAAGGAGUCUGGUCAGGUCUUGGCCAUCAAGCAAGUACCGGUAGAUACAGACCUACAAGAAAUCAUCAAAGAAAUCUCAAUCAUGCAGCAAUGUGACAGCACUUACGUUGUCAAGUACUAUGGAAGCUACUUCAAGAACACAGACCUCUGGAUUGUAAUGGAAUAUUGUGGAGCAGGUUCGGUAUCAGAUAUCAUGAGAAGAAGAAAUAAAACGUUGAGUGAAGCUGAAAUAGCAACUAUUCUCUACUCCACUUUGAAAGGCCUAGAGUAUCUCCAUUUCAUGAGGAAAAUACACCGAGACAUCAAAGCAGGAAACAUACUUCUCAACAAUGAGGGCAAUGCUAAACUCGCUGAUUUCGGUGUUGCGGGGCAGCUCACUGAUACCAUGGCAAAGAGGAAUACCGUGAUUGGUACACCAUUCUGGAUGGCACCAGAAGUCAUUCAGGAGAUCGGCUACGAUUGUAAAGCUGAUAUCUGGUCAUUAGGCAUCACAGCAUUGGAGAUGGCAGAGGGAAAACCGCCCUAUGCAGAGAUACACCCAAUGAGGGCGAUCUUCAUGAUCCCGACAAAACCUCCUCCUACGUUUAGAGAUCCUGAGAAAUGGUCUCAAGACUUCAUUGAUUUCACAUCCAAGUGCCUGAUCAAGAGCCCAGAAGACAGAGCAACAGCAACAGAUUUAUUACAGCACCCGUUUGUUAGGGAUGCUAAACCAGUUUCAAUUCUCAACACUAUGAUCAACGAGGCCAAUCACAUCAGAGAGAGAGAAAAGCUCAAGGAAGAUGAUGACGAUGAAGGAUCUGAUUUUGAGGAUGAUAUAUACACCAUUGUGGAGGAAGAGGAGGAUACGGAGGUUAGACUGGAUGAUGAGGAUGUUGACAGUGGAACCAUGGUAAGAGGGAAAGCCCCCGUGAUCGGUGAUGACGACAACGGUACCAUGAUCAUCAGUGGCUCGGCAGGGAACACGGCAAACACCUUCAUUGAACAUGAGGACGUAACGGACAUUGAUAGUGGAACCAUGAUUGAACAUGGUACAAUGAUUGAUCAUGAUAGUGGGACCAUGAUAGAACAUGGCACAAUGAUUGACCACGAUAGCGGGACCAUGAUCGACCACGAUAGCGGGACCAUGAUCGACCACGAUAGCGGGACCAUGAUCGACCAUGAUAGCGGCACGAUGGUGGACCACGACAGUGGGACGAUGAUCAAACAUGGAAGUUUGAACGACCUGGAAUCCAAUAUGGGCACCAUGGUUAUUAACAAUGAUGACAGCGAUUCGGGUAAUGACGGAACGAUGAAGAGAACAGAUACAGCCAAAGCAGACGCCUACAAACCUCAGUUCCUAGAACACUAUGAGAGACAAGAUGAAGCCAAACAAGCUAAGAUCUCCUCACCUCCUAUCAAUCCAUCUAACGCACCCACGGUACCUUCUAAUGCCCCUAUGCACGUUGCCCCUGGUAACCAUCGGGUGAGUGCUCCUCCCCCUGCUAAUCAAGAGGCCCCACCCCCAAAACCACUGCAAUUCCACCGGCCAUUCAACGAAGCAGACUUUGAUUUUUUGAAGCAGCUAUCAAUAGAUGAAUUACGGGAGAGAUUAACGUCGUUAGAUCCCCAGAUGGAAGCAGAGAUUGAGGAGCUUAGGAAGCGAUAUCAGGAGAAAAGGAGACCGAUCAUUGAAGCCAUGGAGGUCAAGAGAAAGAGAACGCAGCAUUUUUAAUGGUCAUUUUCUUACUUGUUGCAGAAUCAAUGCCAUAUUUGUUCAUUUUGUAUUGUUUCAAUGCCCCCCCCCCCUCCCUUGAAAGGGGAAGUGAUAUUUGGAGUCUCAAAUUGUAGUGUAGUAAACAAGUGACUAACCAAGUUCAUGUGUCAAAGGUCAGGGGUCAAAGUUGUAUUUAUGUCUAUGAUAUCUGGGAUCUUCUUACCAUUAUCUGGAUUCCGCAACCUAUUCAAAUAUGGGUGUGAAAAUCAUGAUUUGUUUGAUGAAUUGGUAAUUCAAGAACAUUAUCAAUUGCUGACAGACAAGGAUAGAUGCGAGCCAAUAACACAUACCUGUAUGAACAGAAGCGGGCAGGCCAGAUAUAAUCUGAGUAGCAUAGAUUUUGACAUGAUUAAAAUAUGGUAAACUACAUGUACUUCUAAAUCACAGCAACAUUCGCUUUUCGAUCAGAUAUAUUUUGCCCGGACAUAUUUCCUGUAAUUUUGAUGACAUAAUAGUUCAUUCCUUUAAAAAAAAAAAUGAAUGACUUUGGUUUCGGCAUUGAAAUUCAUUCCUGGAAAAUAGUUGAAUGAUUUAGUAUUUUGUUUGUUUUAUAGCCGGUAGAUAUUUGUAAAAAAAUCUCACAAUGGCAUGAGUACGAUUUGACAGAUAGAAGUCGCUCAUGGUUCAUUUACGCUUAAAGGAGAAGUCCACCCCAACAAAAAGUUGAUUCGAAUAAAAAGAGCAAAAUCCAACAAGCUUAAUGCUGAAAAUUUCAUCAAAAUCGGAUGUAAAAUAAGAAAGUUAUGACAUUUUAUAGUUUCGCUUAAUUUCACAAAACAGUUAUAUGCACUUCCUGGUCGGUAUGCAAAUGAGGAGACUGAUGAUGUCAUCCACUCACUAUUUCUUUUGUAUAUUAUUAUAUGUAAUAUGGAAUAUUCUAAUUUUCUCCUCAAUUGUCAAGUGAAAUAACGAUUAAUUCCUCCCUGAAAAUGUGGAAUUAGCAUUGUUUAAUACUCUAUGAUUCAGUCAAGUUGGUACUUAUUGUAAAAUCUGUAAAAAAUGAAAUAUUGUAUAAUUCAAACAAUAAAAGACAAAAGAAAUAGUGAGUGAGGGACAUCAUCAACUGUCUCAUUUGCAUGUCACUGAGUUGUGCUUAUCACCGUUUUGCGAAAAAUAACCGAAACUUAAAUAGAGUCACAACUUUUUUAUUUUACAUCUGAUUUUGAUGAAAUUUUCAGCGUUAUGCUAGUUUGAUUUUUCUCUAUUUAUUGAAAUCAACAUUUUGCUGGGGUGGACUUGACCUUUAAUGGUGAUCUGAUGAUAUUUGGGGUUUCCAGUGUCAGAAGUUAAAGUUGAAAAGAUCAUCAAAAUGGCUUGUUCUUGCGUUACCUGAACACCCAAUAGCAGAAUUGAUAUCAAAUUCAAACUGGAUUGAAAUAUCUCAAUUAGACAUCUAGCCAAUCAUGUAAAGGUUACUGAACUCAUUAAAAGGCUUGUUUUGCAAUAACCUGUGAAACUUCUUUGAAGAGAAGUUCAAAACAGUCCAUUUGAUAACACAAGAAAAGUAAAAUAUGUAGGAGGUAGUCUGUUUGGAUUAACUGCCGGUUUAAUUUUGAAAACAAAUCUUUCGAUAAAUGAUUGCAUAAUUUGUUCUUGAAAAUUCAACAUGAGCGUAUUGAUAUGUUAUUUUCUGUGAAAUAGGGAGUAUUUUCUGGCAUAUUUGAAUGGGGUUGAGAAUCCAACAUAUGUUGCAAUAUAAGAACAAACAAUUGAAAGUAAUAAAUAAUUCAGAAAAAAAAACAUGACCGUCCUUAUAGCUCCAUAUUGAUUACUUCUCCUGGAUUGCAUUGCUAUCACUUUGUACCAUGUCUUUUGUUUUUGUAUCAGAUGUAUUUAAUGUACAUACUGUAAAUAUAUUAGAUUAUUAUGUAGAAAGAAAUUAUUUCAGUCUCUCCAGUUAGAAUUGAGAAUUUAGUGUACUGAAAAAUCUUUUAACGGGUGUGUCACAAAUAUGUGUACGAUACUCUAUCAUAAAAACAUCUUAGGAUUGUAAUUCUUCCUCUAGAUUUAAACAAUAUUUUGUGUGAAAAAUCACAAAAACAGUAACCACUUCUCAUUUAAAAAAAUAAAUAGAUAGAACAGAAAACUAAAAAAGAUGUUGUUAUAUUUGUAGUAUGAGUACAAAUUAAAUGUAAAAUAAACAUAAGAUACACAUGCUGAUAGCCUGAGGAUAAAGAACGAAAACAGAACACAUUAUUAUGAAAAGCAAGUCUUUGAAGCUUGUAUAUGGAAAUUGAAUACUUAUUGUUUGUACUCAAGGAUGGUUUGACUUGUUUUCUCCUUUCCUGUAUUUUUUUUAUACAUGUCUCAUUUUCAUAGACCCCUUUCCUAUUUUCAUCCUAGUUAAUGGAGUCCAUUUGCAUCCAACAAGUCUGGUUUCUUUUAUCUUCACCUUCCUUUCUUUUUGCUUCUUACCUUUUCAUGUGUGUAUAGAUAAUGAAUACCUGUUAUGAUUUUUUUUUCUGAAACUAAAAAAAAAGCAAAAUAUGUGUCAAUUAAAGUGCAAAUAGUAUUUUAAUCUUCCCAUCUUGUAAAUAUUUAUGUAGAUUACCAUAAUAUCUGUUCUUGUUCAAUCUCUUGAAUUACUCUCUGAGAACAGGUAGUUAUAUAAUUUGUGUGUUUGUAACUCUGUAUAUUUUUGUUUGGUAUUUGUUCUGUUUCUGUGCUACAUUAACCUUACAAAGUUACGUUAUAGGUCUACAAAAUAUUCCCAUUUAUUUAAAGGAAAGUAUUCACAUGUAUUUCGGGUCGACACUGCGCUUCUUACUGAGGGCUGUGAAAUUUGAUGAUUAUUCAAUGAAACAUCAAAUAUUAAGUAGCAUCCAUUACAGUUUGAUUGAAACAUUCCUGUUUCAUUACAAGUGUUGUUGUAAUGAUGCAGAGCAUUGUGGCCCAGUGGACUAGGCUCCGGACUUUGAAAUAGAGGGUUGCUGGUUUUUAUGCCAGCCAUGGCAUAAUCUCCUUCACCCCCCCCCCCUCCCAAACAAUAAUAAUCCACAUUGUGCUGCACUCCUCCAAGGUGUGGUUAAUGGAUGUGUGGCAGGGGUUUUCGGGGGGGGGGGGCAGUCAAAUGUAUUGCUC